AUGUCUACCGCAAAGUCUCGCCUCGCCAGCCUCCUCGGCCACUUCAAACAGCCCCUUGACGCCAAUAGCACCGCUGCCCCGGCCCCGGUAAACACCUUCCAGCAUAACGUCAAUUUUCAUACACUCUCUCCGACAUUCUUCCUGCCAAGGGCUGCGGCAAUAGAGCCGGAUGCCGAGGCAAUCUACCACAUUACCGCGAAUAACCAAGUGCUGCGGAGAACGUACCAAGAGGCAGCGGACCGGGCUAGGGGUCUCGCGUACUUCCUCAAGAAACACGGAUACAGGAAAGUUGGAAUUCUUUGUCCAAAUACGCCGGCGUUCCUUGAGUCAAUUUUCGGCAUUGCCGCUGCGGGGGCUGUUAAUGUUGCCGUGAACUAUCGACUCAAAGAAGACGAUAUCGCUUAUAUAUUUGCGCACUCCGAUGCCGAGGUGAUUAUCGCCGACCAGGAAUACUUGCCGCUGCUGGCGUCGUUUAGAGCGUCGAAGCCUAACGUCCGUAUCAUUGUGGAUACAGAUACGGAUGCGACAGAGGGUCAACUUGCGGGGCCCUUUGACGAGGCCAUUCUCGAAGGCUUGAUUCACGAUCGGGAUACCGGGGCAAACGGCUGGAGUGCGCUUGAGAGCCAGGCUGCGUCUGAGGAUGAUGUAGUUGCGCUGGCAUAUACUAGUGGGACUACGGCGCGGCCGAAGGGAGUGGAAUACACUCAUCGUGGAUGCUACCUGGCUGCCAUGGCUAAUAUAAUUGAGUCGGGUCUCAACUUCCAUGGGCAGCGCUGUGGGUAUUUGUGGAUUCUGCCCAUGUUUCAUGCUAUGGGCUGGACAUUUCCUUGGGCAGUUACUGCAGUGCGCGGGACUCAUUACUGUCUCCGCAAGGUCGACUAUCCGCAGAUAUGGAGACUUCUCAAGGAUGAAAACAUCACCCAUUUUAAUGCGGCUCCAACGGUAAACACGCUACUUUGUAGCUCCGCUGAAGCUGAGCGGCUUCAAGAGCCAGUCCAUGUUACUGUCGCCGCGAGUCCACCGACGCCUCAUCUGUUCGAACAAAUGACAGGCUUGAACCUGCAUCCGGUCCAUGUCUAUGGUAUGACGGAGACAUACGGGCCAAUCACUAAAGGAUACCAUAUGCCUGCCUGGGAGAGCCUCCCCCGCAAGGAAAAGUUUGGGCAAAUGGCACGGCAGGGCCAUGGCUUCCUGACCAGUCUUCCUGUACGAGUGGUCCAGACUGAGGUCCCCGAGGGCACCAUCAUUGAUGUCAAGCGAAAUGGAAAGGAGAUUGGAGAGAUCGUAUUCGUCGGGAACAUCUGUGCCAGGGGUUACUAUAAAGAUCCCGAGGCCACGCGGAAACUAUUCGCUGGCGGAGUCCUCCAUUCAGGGGAUUUGGCUGUUUGGCAUCCAGAUGGGGCGAUUCAGAUCCUCGACAGAGCCAAGGACAUUAUAAUUAGUGGAGGCGAGAACAUCUCGUCCGUUGCGCUUGAGUCGAUGUUAGUCACUCAUCCUGAUAUUCUGGAGGCUGGUGUCGUGGCUGUUUCCGACAGUCACUGGGGUGAACGGCCUAAAGCUUUUGUGACUGUCAAAGCGGGAAGGCAUCUAGAGGGCAAAGAUGUCGUCACCUGGGCCAGGAAUACUAGCGGAAUCAGCAAGUUCAUGGUCCCACGGGAAGUGGAGGUUAUCGCGGAGCUCCCCAAGACCAGCACGGGCAAGGUCAGGAAGAACGUCCUUCGCGACUGGGCGAAGGGAGGAAGCCGGUCAUGA